GUCUACGACGCUUCUUGAAUCUGCUUCUUUCUUCAUUCUUAAUAGAAACUCUCACCUUUUCGAACCAAGAAAGCAAAAUCUCUCCCUCUCAAUCUCUCUCUGAUCUCUCUUUCUCUGAUGGGCACUACUGCAAAUGGUGGUUCCUGGUGCAGAAAAGGGCUGUUUGAUCUCCUUUCAUGGCUUCUCUCCUGUGUUUUCGUGAUGAGUUUAUGUUGGGUGCUCAUGAAGCCGCGGCCCUUCGACAUGGCCUAUCUGUUUUCUUCUUUUCAUGUCCUUUUCAACACCACAGAGCAGAAGCAGAUGCCUCUGCCUCCUCCCAUAUCAGGCACCAACAUUACAGGAACUUCUGUCAUCGACUUCCAUGACUAUCUUCGUUGCAUGAGUGAGUCGGGAAGGUGGGUAUAUAAUGCAACUCCAAGGCACAUUCCUUGGGACUAUGUGGCAGAGAGCUACCUUGAUCGUUGUGAUCAGAACCACGCUGGUUUGAAAGGAAAGGAUGCCGAACAACCCUUCCUCACUCCUCAAAAUUGGACAGUAAGAGAAGGGCUGAAAUGGGUUUGGCGAACAAACGAGACAUGCCCGACCCAGCCUGUAAACAGAGAUGAGUUCUGCAAGUUCAUCGGUAGAAGGGGUAGUUUAUUGGUUGUUGGUGACUCCAUCAACCAUGGACUCCAAUGGUCGAUUGUUAACAGCCUCAUCAAGGAUCCAUCUGCCCAAGUAGUAGUCAAAGAUGGAUACCCCGUAUGCAACACUUGCCCUGGAUUCCGGAUUUGCGGCGACGUGCUCGGAAAAGACCAAGAGUUCAAUGUGGCAUUCAUCAGGAAUGACCGGCUGUCGGCCGUUGAUCGGAGUAGACAUGAAGGGGGAAACUUCUUUGAAUGGCCAUGGACGGAUUAUAUAGAGAAAUGGAAGGUUAAGAUCUUAGUUCUCAAUAGAGGUGCUCACUAUGAAGCAGAUGACAUAGUUCUAAAUGCGCUGAAUUCAACCUUCUCUUACAUAAAGGAGCGGCAUCCUGAAUUGUUGGUGUUCUUCAGGAACACUCCACCUGGUCACCUGAACUGCAUGAAGCACAAUGGUCCACUGGAGAAGAGGCAGAACUUAAGCAGCGCCGAUGUUUACAACUGGGGGAACUUCCAGAGGCAGAAUCAUCUUGUCAAGGGGCUAGUAGAAAAGUUUGGUUUUAUUUAUGUAGAUGCAUAUGCUAUGUUAAGCUUCAGAGCAGAUGGGCAUGUUCAUGAGCAGGACUGUUUACAUUACUGUGUACCUGGUCCUCUUGAUUCAGUAGUUGAAUUACUCUACAACAUAUUUAAAAUCAUUCCGCGCUUCAGCUAA